AACUGAUUAGGUGAAAAUUGUUUGGAUAAGUGUCUGCUACAAUAUAAAGUUAGCUCAUGUAAUUUCACUUCAAUUGCAUUAUUAGGAUAUACACUAUAUGAGGCUUUAAUGUCACAAAAGUUAACAUUUAAUUUUAAAAGAGACUGGAUCCCAUCAAUUGAGUGGAUCUAUCCCCUCUUCGAGCCAAAAGGAAACAAAGCUUGUGUAUACGUCAUGUGUGUGGCAACGACGUUACGAAUAAUAACACACUCACAUUUGUGACGUUCUACACAUCAGAGACUGUCGGUUGAUAUUUAUUGUCCGAGGCAGGGGUACAAUUUUCAUCAGGUUAAGGACACCAGGAUGUUGCGUCUGCGUUGCAAAACCAAAAAUGGGAGCCACAUAAUGCAGGGCCUGACCCAUCAGUCCUGUGUGCAGGAGCUGAAGAGCAAGGUAGAGGAGCUGACUGGUAUCCCCUGUGAUGUACAGAAGAUCAUGGUUGGUUACCCUCCCUCUAGCUUGGACCUCCGAAACGGAGAUGCUCACCUCAAGGACUACCCCAUCAAAUCAGGAGACACUCUUAUUGUUGAGGAGGAAGAGAAGAACAAGAUGAAGACCCAGACAACCAAUUCAGCUGUAACCAAGGGACCCCGCCUGGAGUCUCCCCCUGUGCUGGCCAGAAGGGUCGUUCCAGCAGACAACUCCUGUCUGUUCACCAGUGUCUCCUAUGUGGUGGAGGGCGGGGUAUACGACCCAGCGUGUGCCCCCGAGAUGCGAGGCCUCAUCGCCCAGAUCGUGUCGAGUGACCCAACAGCUUACUCUGAGGCGGUUUUGGGAAAGACCAACGAGGAGUACUGCACCUGGAUCCGACGUGACGACACCUGGGGCGGAGCUAUAGAGGUGUCCAUCCUGUCCAAAUUCUACCAGUGUGAGAUCUGUGUAGUGGACACGCAGACAGUGCGUGUGGAUAGAUUUGGUGAGGACGCUGGCUACCACAAACGUGUGCUGCUCAUCUACGACGGCAUCCACUACGACCCACUGCAGAAAGAAACGCCUAGUUCCGACACUCCGCCCCGGACCAUCUUCUCCACCACAGAUGACAUCAUCCUGGCCCAGGCCCUGGAGCUAGCGGAUGAGGCGCGAAGGAAGCGGCAGUUUACGGACAUCAACCGCUUUGCCUUGCGCUGCAUGGUAUGUCAGACAGGCCUAGUAGGACAGAAGGAGGCCCGGGAACAUGCCAAGGAGACGGGCCACACCAACUUUGGAGAGGUGUAAGUCAGAGCACUCUUCCUCCUCUCACCCCCCCCCCCUUACCUCACUACCACCACUCCCAUGCCGUCACAUCUGUGUCUGUACGAUCCCCUACCUCACUUGGUCCAGCAAGAUUCUGCAGACCCUGAGUUCUGUCUUACCCGUUCAGUAUUACUACUACAGCUGUCAGCUCACAGGCUAAUCUACUGUAAGGUUCUGAUCUCAUACAAAAUAUCCUCUACAAUUGUUUUAGGGACAUUUUUAAGCUCAGUUUUGAGUCUUCACACUAAACUCAAAACACAGUGGGUGAUUGUUUGUUGAAGUCUUGUUGCUCAGUAAUGUAGCAUUUGUUCUCUUUGUUGACACUAAUGGAGCAGAAAACUUUCUUAAUACCAAAGUUGGAGAUGCCUGGAAAUGCCUUGCUUUUUCAGUUCUGACUUGUCGGCACAAUCGGCAUGGCAUGGCUAGAUAGUACUACAACAUAAAUCUUUUUCCAGGGCCAUUGUGGCAAGAUACAUGUUUGAUUUCACACAUCAAUGACAAUAUUAAUUAAAAUGUUUUUGUUUGUGCCUCACUAGUACUUGGAAAAACAGUGACAACUGUUGCAAAAUAUCAAAUAUAAACCCAGUCAGUCACUUGGUAGAGAAGCUGUUAUUUUAUUAUUUUGCAUUGGCAAUGUAUUUAAUAUUUGUAAUAGCAGAGUUUAGCUAGAUUCCUUAGGUCAAUACAACCCUAAAUUAUUCAACAAUGGUGCUGUUACAACUGUAUAAGUUAUUGUGUAAGCUAUUACUCAAUUCAUUUUGUUAUUUUCUGCAUUGUGGGUUGUCAGGUGUUUGGAUUGAAAUAUAGCUCUUGGUGUGGAACAUUAACAUUUCAUGCAAUUAUUAUCAUGCCAUGGCACUCUAGCAUCAAAAGGCCAUGGCAUUACCCACAGUGGGAUUGUUUUUUUAUUAUAUUUAUUUGUGUCUAUUUGAUAUGGUGUAAUUUGAAUUCUGUUAUUUUGUAUUACAGAGAAUCGACAAGCAUGCUACAUGCUUAUUUUAUUUACAUUUUAAUCUUGGAGUUAUUAGACUGAAUGAUAUAGAUUGUAAGUCUAUGUGAUGAAUCAUUUAUAUAUUUGUAGUUCAGGUACUGUACACAAUGUGCUUUGCUAUUCAACAUUCUCUUCAUGAUAGUGUUUUCUUUUUCAUUUCCCAUUAGCCUCUCACUCACAUCCUGGAGGUCUUGUUGGACUAAUGUGAGGACCACCAAGUGAUGUCAUAGUUGUAAUAUUGAUCUAUAACCAUGUUUCCAUCCCGUUUUUAUGCAAGAUAAGUCAUACCAUAUUUUCAAAAAACAGCUGUGAUGGAAACAGGAAUCUUCGGUACAGUUUUAUUAAUGCCGACAGAUAAUUUGUUUGUUCGACAUGGUGGGAUCUUUUUGUCUUUAAAAUGAAUUAUGCGAGAAAUGGUGGAAACGCCUUUAUGCGCAGAUAUUGAUAGAAUAACCAUCAUAUUGACGUAAACUUGGAGUCACGCAAUUAUAUGGUGUGUGUGGUUCUUCCGCUACGACUCUGGAAACCAUGUAGUUUAUUAGGCUGCAGAUGAAAUAAAUGAUGAACUUCACAGGCUGGUAAAAGUGCACAAUGUUGAGCUUGAUGCUCCUUUCCAAUAAAUAAUCUGGUGACAUGAUGAUUGAUGCUUGACUGCAGUUUGACCAACAAAUAUUCUCGCCUUUAUCCGUAAUAAUCAUAUCAUAUAGACUAGCCUUUUCGCACUGUAUCUGCAAGCUGUUGGCUAGAGCGCACUUGCCAAGACUAGAUAGAGUAGGCACAUCUUGCUAUUUAGUUGAAAAUGGAGUUGGAGUUGUAAAUGUGAUGCAAACACAUUGAACUUUAGAUUUUAUUUGGAACAUGAAAACUUUUGUGAAAGAAAUACAUUGUGUCCACUUCGUCAUCAUGCACUGAUUUUGAUCCGCAACAAGUCAGUUUAGUGGAAAAAGCGCAUAUGUUCUUUAUGCGUAUUUUAGAAUUUGCGAUAAAUAUAUAUAUAUACACUGCUUUAAAAAAAUAAAGGGAACACUUAAACAACACAAUGUAACUCCAAGUCAAUCACACUUCUGUGAAAUCAAUCUGUCCACUUAGGAAGCAACACUGAUUGACAAUAAAUUUCACAUGGAAUAGACAACAGGUGGAAAUUAUAGGCAAUUUGUUUUUUUUCUUCCCCCAUCUAACUAUUAAUGCAGUCUAAAAGCUCUCGCACAUCAUUUCUCAAAACAAAAUAUUUAUUUUAGCUUUUGUCAGCUGGUUGUAAACAGACUCCAAAGUGUAUACAAUUCAGAAAACUCUUUUGACUUGUUAUUUAUAGAAAAUGGACAGCAUGUAUGAGCAUUAUGAAAGCUUGUCUUACGAUGAAAUACUCUGGAUCAGGGCAGGCUUUGUGUGGAAUAUGUUUCCCUGUUCUUGCUUGGACUUUUCAAAGACUUGUGUGUAAGAGGUCUGGGGCAUGGUUCUAGUGGGUGUUGAUUUGACUCAAAUAAGACUUCUCCCACAACAUGGAUGUUCAAGGAAACAUCCAAUGAAUGUUGCACUCAAAGCACUACAGAGAAACUGGGUUUACUUGAUUUUUCCAAUGUUGUGUCACAAUAAAAUAAAUCAUUUAGGAUA